AUGGGGAGCUUCUUUAGGUCAGAAGAAAUGGAACUUUAUUGUCUCCUUAUUCCCAGAGAGAAUUCUUACAAUUUAGUGAGCAGUCUUGGUGACAAAGAUCUCUUUCAUUUUAUUGAUGCAGAGCCACAUAUUCCAUAAUUUACAAGAUUAUAUUCAAAGCAAACAAAACGCUGCGAUGAACUUUUGAGCAAGAUCGAUGAAAUAGGCUAAAUUAUGAAUUAGUUUGGAUAUGACCAUGGACUUGGGAAAGGAGAUGUAACUAAUUUCCUCAAUCUGUUGGAAAUAAAAAAGAAAUCUCGCAAAUAAGAUGAGCAAUAUUAUAUUGAUGAGCUAGAAAAGGAAAUUAAAACAGUCCUAGUAGAUAUUUAGAAGUAAAUAGCAGCAGCUCAUAAGACAAGAAUGAACAUGAAUUUAUUGGUUGAGUAGAUAGUUUGUUUAGAAAAGAUUGUUCCAUUAAUUACAGGAGAUCAAUAGAUUCCUAGUUUUAGUUCACUGAGUGAGGAUUAAUCUAGAAUUGGAAAAAUUAUAGGAACAAUUAACAUGUCAGACAGUCUUCGAUUCUAAAAAUCGAUGUUUCGUGCAACAAAAGGCAAAUGUUUCAUUUAUGCUCAGCCCAUCGAAACAACAGGAACUAAAUAUAAAAUAGUUAAUCCUGAUAACCCAAAUGAAGAGAUAAAGAAAGGAGUCUUUUUAUUUAUUUACAAUUAAUCCUCUCUACUGGAGGCAAAGCUUAUGAGGAUUUGUCAAUCAGUAGAAGCAAAUGUCUUCAAAUUAGAAGGAGACGAAGAAAACCUCUAACUUGACAUUUAACAAAAUGCAGAAGAUUACCAAAAAAGUAAAGAACUGUUGAGACUUACAUAUAAGCAUCUAGAAUAAAUAUUUUCAAGACUACAAGAUUAAACAGAAGAAAUUACCUUGCUAGAGCAAUACAGAUUGCAUCUUGUCCGUGAAAAGUAAAUUUACCACCAUAUUAAUCUAACCAAAAACACUGGAGCUGUCCUCAAGGCAUACGUUUGGCUUCCUAAAUCAGAAGAAGAAAGUGUAAUCCAAUUUCUCUAAUCAUCCCAAGAUCCGCGUUAUGCCACAGCAUAGCUCCAUCCUGUUUCAACAUCUGACUAUAGCAAACUUACAAUAGAAAAUAAGAGACCAACUAAAAUUGAGAAGAACCAAUUUUUAGACGUAUUCUAAGAAAUCAUAAACACAUAUGGCAUCCCAAGGUACAGAGAAAUAAAUCCUGGAUUUUUCAGCAUUAUAACUUUCCCUUUCCUUUUUGGAGUAAUGUUUGGUGAUAUUGGACAUGGUAUUUUGCUAUUCACUUAUGGGUGCUACUUGAUGUCUACUUAUGAUAAAAAGCUUCACCAUGAAGAUUAACUUUACAAAUGCAGAUAUAUAAUUUCUAUGAUGGGCUUUUUCGCUAUCUUUUGUGGGUUUAUAUACAAUGAUUUCAUGAGCAUACCUUUGGAUUUGUUUGGUAGUUGCUAUACUUUCUAAGGAAAGUCAAAACUAAAAAGAAAGGAUGAAUGCGUUUAUCCUUUUGGUAUGGAUCCAGUAUGGCUUGAUUCAUAAAAUAGUCUUACAUUCUUUAACUCUUUUAAGAUGAAGUCUGCAAUCAUUUUGGGUGUUAGUUAGAUGCUUUUGGGUAUUCUUCUUAAGGGAUUAAACUCAAUGCUUUAACUCAGCGCUCUUGACUUUUUCUUUGAAUUCCUUCCUCAAUUAUUAUUUUUUAUUUGCACUUUCGGAUAUAUGGCGCUCUUAAUUAUUCUUAAAUGGCUCUCUAGCUUUGCUCCCUCUGAAGCUCCAUCAAUCUUAACUAUAAUGCUUAAUUUUAUAUUAAAUUUUGGUAAGCUUGACCCUAAUUAUGACAAUAUACUUGGAUACAUCGAUGUCUCUCGUAAAUAGCAAGAAAAACUUUAAUUCUACCUUCUAAUAGUAGCUGCUGUUUGUGUCCCACUUAUGCUCUUUCCCAAGCCAAUAUUCUAAUAUUUGUUUGGAUCAAAGAGCAGUGAAGAUCAGCACAUACAGUCUCCAUAGGUUCUCGAAAUAUAAGAUCAAGAAGAAAUACAGUCCUAGUCAUAACACCAUACUCAUCAUGAUAAAUAGCAUUUAAAAUAAUAAGAAUAGCAUACAAGUCAUGAGAGCUUUUCUGAGCUAUUUGUCCAUUAAGUCAUUGAAUCAAUUGAAUUCGUUCUUGGAAGCGUUUCCCAUACAGCUUCCUAUCUCAGACUUUGGGCUCUUUCUCUUGCUCAUUCAUAGCUAGCCCAUGUAUUUUUUGAAAAAACUCUUUAAAGCUCUAUUGAAAACUCUUCAAUCCUUGGCUUGCUUGUAGGGUAUUUUAUAUUUGCAUUGAUUACCUUUGGUGUAUUGAUGUGUAUGGAUGUCAUGGAGUGCUUCCUCCACACUCUUAGAUUGCACUGGGUAGAAUUCUAAAGCAAAUUCUACAAAGCUGACGGAGUUACUUUCUAGCCUCUAUCUUUCAAAACUUCUUUAGCUUAGCAUCAAAUUUAUUAUGAAAACAACUGA